AUGGUUCAGCCCAUCAAUGUCAUAUUCAAGAACCUUCAGCAGCGAACAAAAGUAGUGAUUUGGCUGUACGACAAUAUCGAGAUGCGCAUUGAGGGCCGGAUAAUUGGCUUCGACGAAUUCAUGAACGUCGUGAUCGACGAGGCAGCCGAAGUAUACGUGAAGGAGUCAAAGCCUCGACGAGAACUUGGGCGCAUUCUGCUCAAGGGCGAUAAUAUCACACUAAUUCAACAAGUCGUGUGA